CCUCCUGGGUGGUGACAGAUCAGAACACUCUCUACAAAUGAAUGCCCUGAAUAUUGGUGCAGCAGUCUGUUCCUGCAUCAGCCUUCUGUUCCUGCUCCUUGCCUUGGGUUCAGACUAUUGGCUAGAUGAUUCAGUGGGCCAUUUUGGUUUGUGGAAAUUGUGUGGGGGCAACCAAUGCUCCUUCUUUGGUCUGAAAGGGCUGACAGGUAAGAUCUUCUCUGUCUUUGUGGAGAAGGACCACAAGGAUCUUUUCAUGAGUUCCUGGGCCAUCUCCAUGGGUCUCUACAUCAACAGACACCCAUGCGGAGGAACAGGAGUUAGAAUGAAUGAGGUGGAGAAAUCUGAUUACAGCGCUUUCCAUGCCAUCCGAGCCUUCAUGAUUCUGGGGAUGAUCGCUGGAGCUGUCUCUCUCGGUGGGCUUGGCACCAUGCUUAGCCAAUCCAAUCUUGGCAAUAUCUCCAUGGGCCUCAUAUCAUCUAUUGCCAGCUUUACUGCAGGCCUCUGUGUCAUGAUUGCUAUGGCCAUUUUCAGUGGACAGACUGAUUCCUUCCUCAAACCCUUCAAUCUAUCCACCAUCCCAUAUGGAUGGUCUUUUGGCUUGGGUUGGACCUCCUUUCCUUUGUACCUUAUAACUGGUGGGCUUGCUUAUAAAUUGCAUAAGGAUACAGCAGUAUCAACGUAGGAGAAAUAUGACGCUGCCUUUGAGAUGACCCUUGAAGCUGCAUUGGUAACCUGGGGGCACAGAUAGUGUCCAAUCAGAAUUAUAUGCACUGGGGCAAAUCCACAAAUCUAUAAGACAAAUGAUGAAGAAUGACUUUAGUUUUAGAAGAAGGCAGCCAUGAUUCCCCACCCCCACCCUCUUUUCUCUAAAACAUUCAAUUUCUUUGAAGAAGCAGGAUAGUUGUAUUGACACAACAUGCUUAACCAGGUUAUAAACCUAGUGGCU